UUAAGCGGAAAGUAUUAGCCAAGUUAUUAACAAAAAAAAUUUAAGAACUGACAUUGCUAACAUAUCGCACAUCCGCUCAAAUAACGUCAUAACUCGAUAAAAUGUCAAAUGACUUUAAUUGUACCAUUCGUAUCAGAAUAACACAUACUUCAUGCUCAUAAAUCGUCAUAGACGUAGUUCAAUUAUUUGUCCCUAGAUGGCACUUGUGACGUUCUAUUGUUUACCGAAAGUUGUGCCGCGGCGAACAUAAACAGUGUCAUGUUACGACUUGCGCGAGGUGGUCAUACGGGCGUUGUUCAGUAAAAGUGAAUUGUGUCGAAUCAAGACAGUCUUUGUAAACGAGGUGUUAUUCGGUUUGGCGGUGUCACUUGUAACUAUGUCCAGAUCCAGAAAAAUAUUGUCAUUAUGUCUGGAACCCAAUGACCAUCAUAACACAGUAACUGAUGACUUGUCUAUUGUGGCGGAAGAUACGCAACCAAAAGAUGUAGAAGAAAAUUGUGACACGUCAAAUAAAGAGAAUACAUAUCAUAUAAAUGAACCUACUACACACAUUCCCAACUUACAGGUAGAAUGUAAUAGAAUAGAGAAUGAAGACUGUAAUUUGCAAGAACCCGAAUCUACGGGUGAAGAAACAGACGAUUCUGUUAAAGAUCGUGAUUAUAAAUUGUCUUCCAAAAAGCGUAGCAAGAAUUUAGUAGUUUCUCGUCAGCGAUCAUCUAGUACUUCAUCUACAAAUUCCUCUUCGUCUAGUUCAUCCUCAUCUAGUUCAUCUUCAUCUAGUUCAUCCUCUUCUGAUACUCCUUCGUCUAAUAGAAAUUCUCCAACAUCUACCUCUGUACUAUUGUCACUUAAUAAACAAACAAAUCAAGACAACAAUGAAUGCUUGCCUUCAACUUCCAAAGAAAUUAACUUAAAUAGUAUUCAUUCUCCAAUACCAAACGAGACCGUAGUACAGGGAAAUUUCAAUACACGUAAGAGACGCCGUGGAGAGGCACAAUGGAAGCAGAAUAUAACAAAAGUUUUACGAAACUCUGGAUUACCCUAUCAAACGAAGUCCGGACGAAAUAUUUCUAAGAAACAAAUGAAACCAAGUUGUGGAGAAGGUUGUAGACUUAAAUGCAGCUAUUUUCUUACCGAUGAAAUAAGAAUUCAAAUCUUUGAUUCUUAUUGGGCUUUGAAAGAUUUAGAGAAACAGAGACUAUUCAUUCACAAACACAUACAACAGAUAGAGAUAAAGUUUCGGUCUACCAAAGCACAGAAAAAUCGAAAAAUCAACUAUGCAUUUUACUUUGAGGUUGAAGGUUCAUUAAAAAGGGUUUGCAAAACAAUGUUUAAAAAUACAUUGGAUAUUAAUGAUAGAACAAUUAGAACUGUAACAGAGAAAUCUACUGGAGGAUUUUUGAAAGAAGAUGAAAGAGGGAAACACGGUAAACAUUAUACUGUAGGUGACACUAUAAAAAAUGAUAUAAGAAAUCAUAUAAAACGUAUACCGAAAAUUGAAAGUCAUUAUUUAAGAGCACAAACAACACGAGAAUACAUUGAUGGAGGAAAGACUAUAUCUGACUUACAUAGAGAUUAUGUGAAUGAAUGUAAACAAGAUGGACGCAACUUUGGAAACUACGUAAUGUACAGUCGUAUUUUUAACGGUGAAUUUAAUUUAGGAUUUUUUGUGCCAAAAAAAGACAGAUGUGAAUUAUGUGUAGCUUAUGAAAAUGCAGUUCCCGAAAGUAAACUGUUGCUCAAAAAAAAAUAUGAUGAACAUUUAGUGGACAAGGUUUUAUCCAGGGAAGAAAAAAAGCGAGAUAAAAUAGCCCUAAAAGAAAACAAAAACCUGAUUGUAUCUGUAUACGAUUUACAAGCAGUUUUACAGGUUUGA